AUGUCCACCUCUCUGGAUCAGCUCAAGGCUACCGGCACCGUCGUUGUGUCCGACUCUGGUGACUUUACUUCCAUUGGCAAGUACAAGCCCCAGGAUGCCACUACCAACCCCUCCCUCAUCCUCGCUGCCUCCAAGAAGCCCGAGUACGCCGUCUUGAUCGAUGCCGCCGUCGCCGCUGGCAAGAAGGACGGCAGCACCAUCGACGAGCAGGUUGACGCUGCUCUCGACCACCUCCUGGUCGAGUUCGGCCGCGAGAUCCUCAAGAUCAUCCCCGGCAAGGUCUCCACUGAGGUCGAUGCUCAGUUCUCCUUCGACACUGCUGCUUCCGUCAAGAAGGCUCUCCGCAUUAUCGAGCUCUACAAGGAGCAGGGUAUCGAAAAGGACCGCAUUCUCAUCAAGGUUGCCUCCACCUGGGAGGGUAUCAAGGCUGCUGAGAUUCUCCAGCGCGACCACGGCAUCAACACCAACCUGACCCUCAUGUUCUCCCCCGUUCAGGCCAUUGCUGCCGCUGAGGCCGGUGCCUACCUCAUCUCCCCCUUCGUUGGCCGUAUUCUUGAUUGGUUCAAGGCCCACACCAAGCAGGAGUACGCCAAGGAGGCUGACCCCGGUGUUUCUUCCGUCAAGGCCAUCUACAACUACUACAAGAAGUUCGGCUACAAGACCAUCGUCAUGGGUGCCUCUUUCCGCAACACUGGUGAGAUCACCGAGCUUGCUGGCUGCGACUACCUGACUAUCUCCCCCGGCUUGCUCGAGGACCUCCUCAACUCCACCGAGGCUGUCCCCAAGAAGCUCGACGCCGUCGCGGCCGCUUCUCUGGAUCUUGAGAAGAAGACCUACAUCAACUCCGAGGCUGCAUUCCGAUUCGACUUCAACGAGGACCAGAUGGCCGUCGAGAAGCUCCGUGGAUCUCGCCAUAAUCAGCGUGAAGUACCCAGGCCCCGACGGCAUGGACGGGGUGGCAGGGAACACAGCAUUGGCGUCCACGUAGUAGGGCCGCCUCGGGAGAUUCUCCCAGGUUUCAUGAAUCCGGAACUGCCAGACCGGGCUGCUGCAAUUCCUGGGUGGGGAGCUCCGUGGGACACAUCUGAUGCUUUGCCAGGCGCCGUCAGUUCAUGGGUAUCGCCAUUUUGCGCCACCACGGCUGAGGGAGACCGGAAAUGUCGGGGUUCUCUCCGCCGCGGCACCCGGAAAAGCGAGAUUCCAGCAUUGUUAGCCGCAAGUGAGGGGACUUGGGAUACAACGGGGAUGCGGCGGGCGGGCCAAUUCAACGGUACCACCGGAGAAGGGCCUUUAGGACCACGUGCGGCGAAAUGUGGCCGUCAAGGCUAUGAUGGAUGGCUGUUGAGGUGA